AUGCCUGGGCGGUGGUUACUUCUCAGGGCGAUGGCCCGGGGCCUCUCGGCGAGAACGACCUGCGGCGGCGGGCGGCCGAAGAGAGCGCCCGGCUGGUUUGCAAUGGCUGGGGAGAUGAGAGCAAUGGCCGCGAGUCAGGCAAAAAGACUUAAGAGCAGCAAUGAGGAGACAGAAAACCAAGAGGAAAAUGGACACCAAGACAAAAGAUUUAAGAGAAGCCAAGAGGAUGUGGAGGAUCAGAAUAAAAAAUUUCCCAAAAGGAAGAUUGUGCUGUUGAUGGCAUAUUCUGGGAAAGGCUACCAUGGGAUGCAACGAAACGUGGGGUCCUCGCAGUUCAAGACGAUCGAGGAUGACUUAGUAUCUGCCCUCGUUCAGUCGGGGUGCAUCCCAGAAAACCACGGUGAAGAUAUGAAAAAAAUGUCCUUUCAGAGGUGUGCGCGAACAGACAAGGGCGUGUCUGCCGCUGGACAGAUUGUGUCACUGAAGAUCUGGCUGAUAGACGACGUUUUAGAAAAGAUCAAUAACUGUCUUCCUUCUCAUAUCAGAAUUCUGGGACUGAAAAGAGUCACCGGGGGAUUCAGCUCCAAGAACAAAUGUGAUGCCAGAACCUACUUCUACAUGAUACCAACGUUUGCCUUUGCCCAUAAAGACCAUGAUAUCCAAGUUGAAACUUACCGACUGAGCAAAGAGACUCUUGAGAAAGUCAACAAGCUUCUUGCUUGCUACAAAGGGACCCAUAACUUCCACAACUUCACCUCUCAGAAGGGACCCAAAGACCCCAGUGCCAAACGGUACAUCAUGGAGAUGUACUGUGAAGAGCCCUUUGUGAGGGAAGGCAUGGAAUUUGCAGUGAUAAAAGUGAAAGGACAGAGUUUUAUGAUGCACCAAAUAAGGAAGAUGAUCGGUUUGGUGAUAGCUGUAGUGAAAGGCUAUGCACCGGAGUCCAUCAUGGAGCGCAGCUGGGGAGAGGAAAAGGUGGAUGUCCCCAAAGCUCCAGGGCUUGGGCUGGUCUUGGAAAAGGUGCACUUUGAAAAGUACAAUAGACGCUUUGGAAAUGACGGUUUACACGAGCCACUGGAAUGGACAGAGGAGGAGGAGAAGAUCGCGGUUUUCAAAGAGCAACAUAUCUAUCCCACUAUUAUCAACACGGAAAGGGAGGAGCAAUCCAUGGUAAACUGGCUGAGCACCCUCUCCAUCCAUGACUUCAAUGCCACUUCUUCAGGGGUACAGGUCAGCGACAGACACUCAAAGAGCAACGAUCUUGAAGGCAGUGAUGGUUGUGACGAUGACUCUGACUGAGUCAGUAAAUAGCAGGAG